CUCCGGCAGCGGGGACCCCCCCAUGGCAGUGGGCACCUCCCCUUGAAACCUGCCAAGCUGGACGCCACAGCCCUGCACGACGACACCUCGGCCAGCUCCGCGCCCGACUCUGAGGCUUGCAGCCAUGCGGUCCUCGCCCGCAGCCCCGGCAUCCCUGAAGAGUAUUAUGUGAGCGAGGCUGUGGAAGAUGCUCCCAGCUACAGAGAGCACCGGGAUGCCUGCACCAUCACUGACGUGUGCAACAGCACCAACCUUCCAGAAGUUGAGAUCAUUAGCCUGCUGGAGGAGCAGCUGCCCCAUUACAAGCUAAGAGCGGACACCAUCUAUGGUUACGACCACGAUGACUGGCUGCAUACGCCCCUCAUCUCCCCAGAUGCCAACAUCGACCUCACGACCGAGCAGAUCGAAGAGACGCUGAAAUACUUCCUUCUAUGUGCCGAAAGAGUUGGCCAGAUGACUAAGACAUACAAUGACAUCGAUGCAGUCACGAGGCUUCUUGAGGAGAAAGAGCGCGAUUUGGAGCUGGCUGCGAGGAUCGGCCAGUCAUUGUUGAAAAAGAACAAGACCCUAACUGAGAGGAACGAGCUGUUGGAAGAGCAGGUGGAGCACAUCCGGGAGGAGGUGUCUCAGCUCCGACAUGAGCUGUCCAUGAAGGACGAGCUGCUUCAGUUCUACACCAGUGCCGCUGAGGAGAGCGAGCCCGAGUCCGUCUGCUCAACCCCGCUGAAGAGGAACGAGUCAUCCUCCUCCGUCCAGAAUUACUUCCACCUGGACUCUCUCCAGAAGAAACUGAAGGACCUCGAAGAGGAGAACGUUGUACUUCGAUCUGAGGCCUGCCAGCUGAAGACGGAGACCAUCACCUAUGAGGAGAAGGAGCAGCAGCUGGUGAAUGACUGCGUGAAGGAGCUGAGGGAUGCCAACGUUCAAAUUGCGAGCAUCUCCGAGGAGCUGGCCAAGAAGACGGAAGAUGCCGCCCGCCAGCAGGAGGAGAUCACGCACCUGCUGUCACAAAUUGUGGACUUACAGAAGAAGGCAAAAUCUUGCGCAGUGGAAAACGAAGAGCUUGUCCAGCACCUGGGCGCUGCCAAGGAUGCCCAGCGUCAACUCACAGCCGAGCUGCGCGAGCUGGAGGAUAAGUAUGCGGAGUGCAUGGAGAUGCUUCACGAGGCUCAGGAGGAACUGAAGAACCUGCGCAACAAGACGAUGCCCACGUCCCGGCGAUACCACUCUCUGGGCCUGUUCCCCAUGGACUCCUUGGCUGCAGAGAUCGAGGGAACUAUGCGCAAGGAGCUGCAGCUGGAAGAGCCAGAGUCUCCAGACAUCACGCACCAGAAGCGAGUCUUUGAGACGGUGAGAAAUGUCAAUCAAGUGGUCAAGCAGAGAUCACUCACCCCUUCCCCCAUGAGCAUCCCGGGUUCCAACCAGUGCUCCGCCAUGAACUCCCUCCUGUCCAGCUGUGUCAGCACCCCCCGCUCCAGCUUCUACGGCAGCGACGUCAGCAACGUGGUCCUUGACAACAAAACCAACAGCAUCCUCCUGGAAACCGAGGCGGCCGACCUGGGGAAUGAGGCACACAGCAAGAAGCCAGGCACGCCGGGCACGCCAGGCUCCCACGACCUGGAGACCGCACUGAGGCGGCUCUCCCUGCGCCGGGAGAACUACCUGUCUGAGCGGAGGUUCUUCGAGGAGGAGCAGGAGAGGAAGCUGCGCGAGCUGGCUGAGAAGGGGGAGCUGCACAGUGGCUCGCUCACGCCCACUGAGAGCAUCAUGUCGCUGGGCACACACUCACGCUUCUCCGAGUUCACUGGCUUCUCCGGCAUGUCCUUCAGCAGCCGCUCCUACCUGCCCGAGAAGCUGCAGAUCGUGAAGCCGCUCGAAGGUUCAGCCACGCUUCACCACUGGCAGCAAUUGGCCCAGCCUCAUCUUGGGGGCAUCCUGGACCCCCGUCCUGGUGUGGUCACCAAGGGCUUCCGGACUUUGGACGUUGACCUGGAUGACGUGUACUGCCUUAACGACUUUGAAGAAGAUGACACAGGUGACCACAUCUCUCUGGCGGGCCUAGCUACCUCCACGCCAAUUCAGCACCCGGAGACCUCAGGUGAGAGGUCUCAAGCUCGUGUGACUGUCUCAGGCAGCAGAAGUUACUCCAGCCAGCCUCAGGCUUCCCCAGAGGAGAUGCACCAGCCGCCAGCACAAGCGGGCCUGGAGGAGGAGGAGGAGGAGGAGGAGGGGUCUGCGCACCACCCUGGGAAGUGCAUGUCACAGACCAACUCGACUUUUACCUUUACCACCUGCCGCAUCCUGCACCCUUCGGACGAGCUCACACGGGUCACGCCAAGCCUUAACUCAGCUCCUGCUCCAGCCUGUAGCAGCGCCAGCCACUUGAAGUCCACGCCGGUGGCCACGCCUUGCACCCCCAGGAGACUGAGCCUGGCCGAGUCCUUCACGAACAUCCGCGAGUCCACGACCACCAUGAGCACGUCCCUGGGGCUGGUAUGGUUACUGAAGGAACGCGGCAUCUCGGCGGCCGUGUACGACCCCCAGAGCUGGGACCGAGCCGGCAGGGGCUCCCUCCUCCACUCCUACACCCCUAGGAUGGCUGUGAUCCCGUCCACCCCACCAAACUCCCCUAUGCAGACACCCUCAGCCUCCCCGCCCUCCUUCGAGUUCAAGUGCACGAGCCCUCCGUACAACAACUUCCUGGCUUCCAAGCCCGCCAGCUCCAUCCUGAGGGAGGUGAGGGAAAAGAAGCCGGUGCGGAGCAGCGAGAGCCAGACAGACGUGUCUGUCUCCAACCUCAACCUCGUGGACAAAGUCAGGAGGUUCGGGGUGGCCAGAGUGGUGAACUCAGGACGAGCCCGCAUCCCCACCUUGACUGAGGAUCAGGGACCUCUCCUCUGUGGUCCGACAGGGCCGGCACAGGCUCUUGUCCCUGGGGGCCUGGUCCCCGAGGGCCUGCCUCUGGGGUGCCCCAGCGGCAUCAGACGGAAUCGCAGCUUCCCCACCAUGGUCGGGUCCAGCGUGCAGAUGAGAGCCCCCGUGAUCCUCACCUCGGGCAUCUUAAUGGGUGCUAAGCUCCCCAAACAGACUAGCUUGCGGUGAGCCCGGGGCUUGCUGCCCCAUCUGCUCCCUGCCUCCUGUCCCCGACAGAGCACUCACACCUUGUCUCCUCUGAGGUCUACUUCUCCUGAGCUAGACAGAUCAACUGUGUGCCUCUCGGGGAGGGGGGAGUAGAACUCCAUGUGGUGUGUAUACAGGACUUGGGGACCUUGCAUCUGCUCUCUCUUCCAAUCCACAGGAAGUAAUAACUCUACAAGGUCACACUCUGGUGAGGAUGGCCCCUGAGCUCACCAGGGGGAAGGUAGCAUCCUUUCUUCCUUACUUAUAAGAAGCACUGAAAUUCCCAAGGCUGUUCUUAUCCCAUGGAUAGGAAUUUGGUGAAUUCUGCAUAAGACCGUCGGGUUGCACGCAUAGCCGCCAGGUGGCACUGUGAUAGCCGACAGGGCUGCUCGCCAUCAGAGAGUUGUUCUUUCAGUGGUAGGUGGCCCACCCUCGCCAAGGUCUGCACUAUCCGCCCGGUGGACUGUCUGUUCUCUAGACUUCUUUUCACGUCUCUGACUUGAAGUUACCUUGCAUUUUGUCACAAGCUGUCAGGGUUAGAGCCUGAUAGGAAAAGAAUGUAUUUACCCUCUGAUGCGCCAUCAGGCGGCCCCUCUGUGUUCUGUGUGAUUGAUUUUCCAACCCCCCCCUCCUUUUUUAAGUUUUUAUUUGCAGGGAAGUCUCAGUACUGGCAGUUUCUCUUGGUUCUGACACCAAAGUGCAGAUGGCACACACGCUAACUCGCUAAUGACAUAGCUUGUUUCUGGGACCCAGUGUCACAGCCAGGGUAAUGGAUGACCAGUUCUCACUGUAACAGUAGGACCAUGGGGAAAGGGGACAAGACCGUUAAACCCACACACGGCAGAGGGGAAGGGCCGAAGCCACAGCACACCUCAUGGCGUCCCGGGCCAAGGCGUGUCAAGUUUUUAGUCCUCUUGUUUCAAAAUUAGAAUUAAGUUUCCUCCCCAUCCCCCAAGCCCAUUGUCCCCUCAUCCCAUUUCUGCCCAUAGGAAAAGACCAGAGGUGCUUACGAAUGGAAGGAGCGUGAGCGACUGAGUGGCCUGGGCCUGUCGCUGUCACCUCUGCGGUUAUGCACUUAUUUAUUACCCAUGUGUGCUGUGUUUUAAUCAGAUGCCGUCUCUGCUUCCAGCUCAAGCCUCUGUGUGUGUGCGUGUGUGUAUGUGUGUGUGUGUGUGUGUGUGUGUGUGUGUGUGUGAGAGAGAGAGAGAGAGAGAGAGAGAGAGAGAGAGAGAUCCCAGCCCAGAUAUAUUAUUUAUUUUUGUCUGAGGAUGGUUGUACAUCUGUGUGUCACAUGGUCACCUGCCCCAGACAUCUGUGGAAGGAUAGCAUCCUGUGUACAAGAAAUUGUCACAUAAACAACUUCCCCACCCUCUGCAAAAGAUGUGUCCUUGAAUGGAGUGAGUGUCACCUUAUGCCCGCCACGGAUGCUUUGAGAAGGUCCCCAAGCAGCAAGCUUCAGUCCCAGUCCCACUAUUUCAACUAUUUAUUCUCCGGCGUGCUGGUUCAUCGCGUUCUCGGCCCUCCUGGCUGCCGCGGAUACGUGCGGUCACCACAAGUGACAUACAUUUCAUUUGAAUGUGUUUUAAAGCGGUAGGGUAGAAGAGCAGAGGAGGGUGACAACCUUGGCUUGGAUGGACCACUUCACGUGUUCAGAGCUCCCGAAACACCGGUGUAAGAACCGGCACUUUAGAGGUCGUCAUAGUAUCGCUAGCAAACCGGUGAUCAACAUUAAACAACUCUACCAAAAAGUGUCAGGAUCAGCAACAAGAUUUCAGUCACUAACGAAUAUCAAUAAAACAAGCUCAAAGGAUGGAAA